AUGCAAGGCCGGACGGCCCUCGCUCACGGCGUGCCGAGCUACAUCUGUUGUCCGACCGAGUCUGACGUCCAGGGCGACUUUGAAGCUAUCGCAUAUCAAGCCUUCUCCAUCGCCCGGACCUCGACUACCCCGACCUUAUCGCGAAUCAGGGACUGGGGCUCUGCAGAGGACAUACGCGCCGCCGAGGCUGAAUUGCGCAAACAACUUCAGCUGGUCGCGCAGGAUGCCUCUCGCCCGUGGUUGUGGCUGUUCAAGCCAACUACUGUCGAUAAGGCCGGUCAGAACAAUGCCGACCUCCCAGAUAUCGACGGCUAUCACCUGCAGCGCGAACACGCGGGAUGCAUCAAGGCCAUCGAUCUAGUUCGCCCUCCCGUGCGCACAGGUACCCCCAACACAUCAACCUCCUCCAAACCUUCUUCUUCGUCGGCUGCAGCAUCACACAGUGGGCAGGGUGGCAGCGCGAGACCCACACAGGCGAAUAGUCAGCCACAAACAUCGGCUGAUCCGCCUCAGUCACCUGAUUGCUUCACCAUCUAUGAGCUGUUCACCUCGUCUGUCAUUGCAUUGAUCUCAUUUCACAUCGUCAAAGACUGCAACGUAGUUGCCUUGAAUUACCGCACCUUUGUGUCCAGGGCCUCCAAGCGACUUGAAAAUGACCAAGCUGAGAUUAAAUCCCCCGAUGUGCAUCGCCUUACUAGCAUAACCGUACACUGGACUAGCUCAGGAACACUUUUGGUCUCCACCUUUACUGACCCCAAGACUGUCAUCCGUUGUCUGGGUCAUGUCUCGACUCCCGCUGAAGAGAGCCAAUUGGCUGGCAGAUGCAUACGUGUCGCUCCCAACGGCAUGCUCGCUACCAUCUCGAGCUUUGAAGACCCUAUAGAAUCUGUCGUAGACGAAAUCGGCGUCCGCCAUAGAAAGCGCACUAGACUUACAUCUCUCGAGCAGAACAUCGAAAAAUGGAAGUCGAGCGUUGAGCGUUGGCUGGGUUGGAAAGGCUAUGCUUUGCCUGACCUGGACAAGAGAACCUCAUGGGUCAGAAUACGCACAGCUCCCUCAAGUCUCCCUGCCUCAAGCCCAGCUGCACCAAGCCCGGAUCGAGACAUUCUUUGGCCGCGAGCACUAUGUUUCUUCCACGUUUCACAAGACCACGAAAUCACUGCUGCAGAGUCCAGCACAUCAGCAGGAAAUCAUAACAUGCUGAGAUGGUUUGAGACGCCAGAAUCCGCAGGCUUCAAAGAUCCACUAGAUGCUGCACAAGAGUGGUUCCUGGGCAAGCAAGACCGUGAUAAGCUUCUCGAAGCACAGCGAAAAGCUAAGAAAGCCGAGGAGGAUGCGGCGCGUCGCAAGGAGGAACAGCAUAAUCUGUAUCCCUCUUCGCCACUAAAUGCUCGUGCUGGUGCCUAUGGCGACCUACCAGCAGUGAGUGGCGUUUAUCCAACACCCCCUGACGGAGUUGCUCCAGGUGCUGGCAUUUCUCAAAGCGAUACACCAAGUGUAUCUGGUACAGUGUCUAAUGUUAUACUCGCCCCUGGAGGAAGCACUCCGGCAAUCAAUCUGUCUGCUCCAGCGGACACCAAAAUGGAAGACCAACAACUGCCCCUGACAUCUCCAGUCAUCCUUCCAGCUCCGGACAAUCACAACACAUCAAGUGGAAACGACGAUCUCUUCGAGGACAUGGACGAAGACGGCUUUGGAGGUGACCGGAUAAACGACACAGACUUUGACUUUUUUGACGGGCCAGAUAACCAUGACGUUGAUAUGCUGGACGCACCCGCACUACCUGACCACAACACAGCGCACACUGACGCACCACACGAACCUCACCACGUUACCGAACCUCAGGUCCAGGAUGACAUGUCCGAUCCCUUUGCCGCUUUGGAGAACGCGCUGGCUACAGCUUCAGAGCCUGUAGUAAGCGAGGAAACUGAUGUCAAAGGUAAAGAGCCUGCGACAGCCCAAGCAUCCUCGUUUGACGUGCCCGAGACAUCUGAGAAGAAAGCUGUUAUGCCAUCUUCCCUUGUCAAGGUAACAUUUUCCAAAGAGCCUACACCACCGCUGAGCCCGAGUGCUGUCUUCAAAGCAUUGCAACCAUCACCACCUUACAAAUCUGGAUCACGGACACAGCAAAAGCGCCCUUCCACUAGUCAGCACAAUACUCAGUUCGAUCCCGUCGCGUUCAGUCGUAAGAUGAGCAUGUCUGAUGCCAAAUACCAAGAUGGACGCUUCAGUGCGCACGGCCACACGGAGCCUGCUAUCAAAAAGACUACUCCUAGCCCCGGUCCUGGAACAGCUCCUGUCCAAGCGAAAAGCUUGCGAGAUUUUCCUUUGCUUACAAAACUUCGCUUGGCUGUAGGAAUGGCCUCUGCGAACAAGAUACCGGAGAUAGCAUGUCUUGCACGAGCAGCUAGCGAGGAUCUUGAAUCUUCCAGUGACACGUCAGACGCAUCUGGUGAAGAUUCUGAAGAAGAGGAAGAAAUAGAACGCACUCCGGUGGCUAUCUUGAACAGUCUCGUCAUGCCAGCGAAAAGGAAACUGCAGAGUGAGGGUAACGCUACACCACUUUCUGUAACCUCGUUCGCAGAAUCAAUGGGGGGCGACUGGCAAGAUUUGUAUGCAUUGCAACUCGACGAGGCAAAUCUCAGUACUUUCGAACCCAGUCUAUUCGAUUGGUCCCUGGUCAACUUCCCUUCUCCGGCUGAACGGGUCGCAACUGGCGCACGCUACAGCUUUCCCGCUCUACUCCCAAGUCCCUCACAGAUGCCUGAUACGCCUACAUCUCAGCCCGAUCUCAACUACGAAGUUCCAGAGGAAAAGCCCCUAAAUGGAAAGGACAUUAUUUCGAUCACGCAGAUCGUGACUGAUCAAAUUGUGUCGGCAACGCUCGAUGUGCUUGGAGAAGACCCAUUAACUGAAAAUAUCUCUGAGGACAGCGCUGCGAUAGAGAUGCACUGGCAAACAGCCAUCAAGGAUGUCUUUCCAACGGCCGAGGAUUGUGAUUUGCCUAAGCUUGUGGGCAUCCACGAGGUAUUCCAGGACUAUGCCGCUCUCGCAAAAGCCCAGCAAAGGCCCCCGGCACGGAAAACCGACGGUCCGGCCAUUACGUCAAGCCACAUGUAUCAAAUCAAUCCGCCACAUCUCAGGGUACGCCGGGCGGAUACACAUUGGGACCUGCUGCCACCGGCAGUAGCGUUUUGGGAGCCUCUCGGGUUAUCGCCAAUCAGUUCUCCAAAGAACAUUGUUAGCUUUUGUGUGUAUCCGCACAGCGAUGCUCUACGACCCUGCUUGGAGAAUUUUCUUCUUAAUCUGCAGUUGGCUUAUGACAGCUGCAAGCUCGGCAGUCACAGUCGAGUGGAGACAGUUAUGGAGUUUGAAGGAGGUCUUGUUCCUGUCCGAGCUACGACGGCCAGUUCGCCACGGGAGACGUUCAAGCUUCUCAAAGACGCAUGCAUUCAACUUGGAAGGCUGCUUGCCUUGCAGUAUGCCAAGAUAAGAGAGCAACAGGACUCUAACAUCGAUGCAUUCGUCAUUUACAUGAUCGAUCCUUUUGGUGGCCCGUCGGCUCUAUGGGAGCUGUGCUCAGCGUUCUGGUCACUCUUCCAGGCUUACGGACAAGGACCACCAGGACGACCCGAACAACCGCAGAAGCCAGAUCUCGUACUUCAGGUUAUUCCGAUCAAGUACAUUGCUUCAUUCGAUGCCCCUGUCAUUCUGGACCCAUCCACCUACUUCAAUCUCGCACGGGAGGUGUACGAUCGAUGCCCGCCUAGUGCGCCCAGUGGCGACAAGACAUCUCUUAGCAUAUACUCCGCACCCGCCUUCCAUCUCGAGGAGACGCUACCGCGCAACAUACCAUUCAAGCUCGUAGCGGAGCCCGCGCAGGACCUACUUCGAGAGAACACGUACAUGCAUCUCGGUUAUGCGAUUAGUCUUGAUGGUACAUGGGUAACAGCUGCGUGGACGGACAGCUGCGGCAAAUCUCAGGCAGUCGUCUCAUAUCAUCUAGGCACUAGGAUGUUUAGAGAGAUUGCAAAGGAAAUCUGGCAAAACACAAUUGAGAUUCUGCAGUCUCGACGAGUCAAUUGGCGCGUCUGCAUCGCCAAAGCCGGAGUCUUGGAAAGAGAAGAACUCGAAUCCUGGGUCUUCCUCAUCUCAUGUCCAACACAAAUCAACGUCUUCGUAACGUUGCUCACAGCAGUCGACGCAGACCCCCCAUACCAAUUCACACCAACAAUGUCAUCGUCAAAUCAGUCUAACACUGCUGCCACAGCAAACACACCAGUCUCAACACCACAAGCCGGCGUCUCCCCUUCAGAUCCCGGCCCGGGUCUCACACCAGCCGCAACACCGUCUGCGGACCCCUCCGCCACAGAUCCAGCCGCAGACCCCGAAGCCCGUCUCGUCGACAUCACAGACGAAACCUGGGGCAUAGUCCUCGCCCACCGCCUCCACAACUCAUACUCCACAACGCAAUUUAGUCCCGCACUUAUCUCUGGUCUGCUCGUCAAGCGCGGCGAGACGCUCCAAACAAGAAACAACAUUUUGCACCCCAUCCCCGAUCCUGAAACAGGUCCUAUCGUUGUAGCCGUCAAUUUCCUCUGGAUCGGCGCUGUCGGCUCUACACGCACCACAAACUCCCCAUUUUCCGCCACCUCCUCCACCGGAACAAAUACAUCAUCGUCCUCCUCCUCAUCAUCAUCAUCAACAGCAGACAUACCCAGUCCCAACACAACCGGUCUUCCAAACCCGUACCCCUCCAGCACAUCAACACCGCAAAGCCCCAGUCCAGGCCCUGGACAACAGGAAGCUGGUCAGAGGAGUACAACAAGUCUCAUGUGGACGCCUACACCGCAGACGCGCACGACGGCUGAGGGCCUGCUGAAGGAGGUGCUGGGACAGUUUCGUGCGCUGGGUUUGCUGGCGAAGCUGAGGGGUAUGAGGGGGACUAGGGGUGGGACUGUGCCAUGGCAUGUUGUUGCUGCUAAGAGGGGGGUUGAGGGGCUGGGGAGGGUUGGCGGGGGUUUUUGA